AUGCCAAACAUGAGUGGAGAUGCUAUGAGAGGUUUAGCUGUUUUUAUAUCAGACAUUCGAAAUUGUAAAAGUCGUGAAGCAGAAUUACGACGUAUUAAUAAAGAAUUAACAAAUAUUCGACAGAGAUUUCGAGCCGAUAAAACUCUUGAUGGAUAUCAAAAGAAAAAAUAUGUUUGCAAAUUAUUAUUUAUUUUUUUACUUGGUCAUGAUAUCGAUUUUGGUUAUAUGGAGGCAGUUAAUUUAUUAAGUUCAAAUAAAUAUACUGAAAAACAAAUUGUUCGUAUUAUAAAAUGA